AGAAAGUUCUCUCACAGGGUAUAAAGAGCAGGAGACGGAACUGCAGUUACAUCACAUUCACAGGACACAGCUCAGAGGCGACACAUAGAGUGAAUCUGUGCCAGGCUGCUACAGCUGCAUUCAGAGACAGACAGGAUGUGGGUGACUAACGUUGCAGCUCUUUGUCUGCUGACCCUUGUGGCCUCUGCAGAGGACAAGAAGCUGAGCAGCCAUGCUAUUAUGCUGGCUGACAACAGUGCCAACUUGGCUUUCAGCCUCUACCACAACAUGGCAAAAAAGGAAGACACAGAGAACAUCCUCAUCUCUCCUGUGGUGGUGGCCUCCUCACUGGGGAUGGUGGCUCUCGGUGGAAAGUCCUCCACUGCCUCGCAGGUCAAAACUGUCCUCAGUGCCGAAAAGCUAAAGGACGAGCAUCUGCACACAGGACUGUCUGAGCUGCUCUCUGAGGUGAGCAAUGCCAAGACACGCAACACCACCUGGAAGAUCAAUAACCGCCUCUACGGCCCAAGCUCUGUCUCCUUUGCUGAUGAUUUUGUGAAAAGCAGCAAACAGCACUAUAACUACGACCAUUCAAAAAUAAACUUCCGUGACAAGAGGAGCGCUUUGAACUCCAUCAAUGAAUGGGCGGCAAAGUCAACUGAUGGCAAGCUUCCCGAGGUCACCAAAGACAUGGAAAACCCAGAUGGAGCUAUGAUUGUCAACGCCAUGUUCUUCAAGCCUCACUGGGAUGAGAAGUUCCAUGACAAAAUGGUGGACAGUCGUGCUUUUCUGGUUACUCGCUCAUUCAGCGUUGCGAUUCCCAUGAUGCAUCGUACAGGUCUGUACGACUUCUACGAUGACACUGAGAACCGUAUCUAUGCUCUGAACAUGCCUCUGGGCCAGAAGCAGGCUUCCAUGAUCUUCAUCAUGCCCUACCACCUGGAGCCCCUGAAUCGCCUUGAGAAACUCCUGACCAGGAACCAGGUUAACACUUGGCUCAGCAAGAUGGAGAACAGAGCUGUGGCCAUCUCUCUUCCCAAGAUCUCUUUGGAAGUCAGCCAUAAUCUGCAGAAACACCUGGCUGAACUCGGGCUAACCGAGGCUGUAGACAGAGCCAAGGCGGACUUGUCCAACAUUUCUGGAAAGAAGGACCUCUACCUCUCCAGCGUCUUCCAUGCUUCGGCCCUGGAGCUGGACGUUAAAGGAAAUCCAUUCGACACCAGCAUCUUUGGCACCGAAAAGAUGAAGAACCCUAAACUCUUCUACGUGGAUCAUCCCUUCAUCUUUUUGGUGAAGGACAACAAGACCAACUCCAUCCUUUAUAUCGGCAGAGUUGUCAGACCUAAAGGAGAUAAGAUGCGCGAUGAGCUAUAAUGAUGACGUCAUCAAUCGUGUCAGGUAGCAUUGUGAAAUUUUUUCAGGAUCCUGUGUGUGGUUGUUUAAUGGCAUGACUGUUACCUCAUGAGCACAUUCCAAUAGAGAAUCUGUGGAUUGAUUAUCUGAGCAUUCUGUUUUAAGACAUCAAACCUUCCCAGGCGACCAUUAAGUCUCAGUCUCAAGCCCCCUGGGAUUGAAUUAAAGAAAAACACAAAACACGCCUCAAUUGAGAGUCCCAUAAAGAAACAGCAGGCUGCAGCAGACAGCAUGCUUAUAUUAAGUAUGAUCUCUUUUUCUUUACUACUUUAUUUUUGCCAGUGUUAGUUAAGCAAUGAUUCACAUACGUUUUAUUGCAUUAUCUUUAAUGUUUGAAGAAAAAAAGAAAAUCUUUAGACAAGCUUUUUUAUUUGUUAUUUUACAUUUUUAUUUUAUUUUACUUGUGCUUUAUUUGGUCUCACUCCCCCCUUUUAUUUUGCCUUGUCUGCACUGCACAGAAUCUUUCCCCUGCACAAACUGAGCUUGCACUGGAAUAUGUGGCAAACGUUUGAUGCUUAAUUGAUGUUCACCUGCCAGCCAUACUGUGCCAUUUUGUUGCUAUAAAGAUAUUUUCCACAAAGAAGCUUUCGGGAUUGUGUGAUUAUGAAAUAAUAUGUUCAUUUUUCAAUAAAAAUUUACAAAAGGAA